AAUUCGAGAGCGAUGGAUCGUUGGCAGAAUCGCGUGGCCGUUAUAAGUGGGGCCAGUUCUGGGAUCGGAGCCGCCUGUGCCCGGCUCCUGGUGGCCGCGGGUCUGCAGGUCGUCGGCCUGGCCCGUCGCACCGACCGCCUGGAGCAACUGCAGCAAUCCCUGCCGGAGGAUCAGCGGCGGCGGUUCCAUCAGCACAGCUGCGAUGUGUCACAGGAAUCGCAGGUGGACAGUGCCUUCGAGUGGAUCGAAAGGGAGCUGGGCGGCGUCGAUGUGCUGAUCAACAAUGCCGGCAUCGUGCUGGGUGGCCAACUGAUCGACAUGCCCAACCAGGACAUCGGCAGGAUCCUGCAGACGAAUCUCAUGGGCAGCAUUUACUGCACCAAGCUGGCCGCCGGCAGCAUGAGGCGUCGCCAGGUGGCCGGGCACCUCUUCUUCGUGAACAGCACGGCCGGAGUGGCCGGCUAUAAGCCGGAUCCGGCGGAGGAGAGCCUCAACGCCUACACGCCCAGCAAAUUCGCACUGACCGCCGUCCACGAGAUCUGCCGGCAGGAGCUGAUCCAAAAAGGAUCCAAGAUCAAGACCACGAGCAUCCAGCCCGGCUGGGUGGCCACCGAGAUCGUGCCCGAGGAGACGAAGGUCAAGCUGGGCGAGGUCAUCCUGCAGGCGGAGGACGUGGCCCAGGCGGUACUGUACGCCCUGUCGACGCCGCCGCACACCCAGGUGGAGCAGAUAACGCUGCGGGCAGUGGGCGAGUACUUCUGAUACUCCUGAUACCUCCGAUGGCCCGAUAACGCGGCCCCCGAGAUUAGACAAUCGACUUCAACAAUCAUCAACAAUCCAAUGAAGGCGAACGACCUGCUAAAUCGAUGCUCACACACACUCCCCAUUUGAGUGACCACAAAUGGUUUACCCUCGCCUCGUUUCGAUUUACCUUUAUGGCAAUUGUUACGAUUAUUUGUUCAGCACUUUUCCACAAGCCAAAUAAAUAAUUCAGUUUUGUAAAUUAA